AUGAUGACACGCAAACAAUAAGAAAUAGGAGAAGCAGUCUAAAAGCAGAUUAAAGUUUCAAAGUGGAACCUAGGAAGGCAUAAUGUAAUGAACAUCGACAAAGACACCAUCUAACAGAGUGUAUACUAGCUUCAUUAAGAUGAGGAUAGAUAUGAGAAAAAGAAUGUAAAGUAAACUCUAGAAGAUGUUCAGAGGACUUUACUAAUGUCAAGAGAAUCAGAUGGAGACACAAUAAGUGAUGAGGAGGCAAAUUUCAAUAGAGUAGGAUUUCCAGCUGUUUAAAACUUCUAUGAUAAGUAUAAGAGUAUAGAUAAGAGUCUAGAAAGAAGAAAACAUAAAAGAUAAGCUCCUCUUGCCUAUUUGAAAUAAUGUGAGGAUCUUAGAUUGAUUCCACAAACAAUGGGUAUUGUUUCCCUUAAGGGAAACAAUGAAGUUAUGAAUCUAAAAUCAUUCAGAGUAGGCAAUAAGUAUGCUCAAUCAAUAGGUAAAGGGCUUUAACUAAGUUAAGGAAUAACUAAGGUUAAUCUUGCCUAAAAUAGAUUAAGCCCUACUGGAGGUUUAAAGAUUCUUAAAGGCAUUAACUACAAAAUUUAGGAACUAGAUCUAUCCAAUAAUACUCUUGGAAAUUAGUUAAGUGGAAUUUUCAUAGCAAACGCUAUAAAGUAGAAUAAUCAUUUAAGAGUUCUUGAUUUAGGCUGGAAUAGUUGUGGCUCUGGUGGAUAAAAUUAGUUUUAAAUUGGAAAAGCUUGGGGCGAAGCAUUAUUAGUAAAUAAGACACUUUAGCAUUUAGAUUUAUCAUUUAACAAAUUCUCUUAUAAUGAUGUCUAAGUAUUUGCUGAUUAUUUAAGAGGAAAUCACACCUUAUAUGGAAUUCACUUUUAAGGCAAUGAAGGCAGGAUAGAUAGCUUAGGCUUCCUUAGAAAUGUUAUAUUGUCCGACAGAUCUCCAAGAGAUCAAAUUCUGAAUUAAAAAAUGGAUAUCCUCUAGGCUUAGCGAAGAAAAAACAAAAGUGUUCAAGUAAUGCAGAAGGCUAAUUAUGGACAAAAUACAAAGAUAAGCUUCAACAAGGAUAAUUGCUGCUGGAUUUGUGAAGGCUGGUUAGAAAAUCAUUUCAAAGUAGACUUGAAACACACAACUUUGUCUGAAUUAUAGAUAUCUGACAAUACAAAGGAAGAUCACUACAAUGUAUUUAUUCAUUUUGACUUUGAUCAUUGGGAGGGUGACUUGCUUGAUGAUCAAAGGAAAUCUUCACUUGGAUAGAAAGGAAAGUUUUAGUAGCAUAGAAUGGUACCAUAGGGUAUAUCAUAUUAUUUCUUCUCAUACGAAGGCAGACCUUUUAUCAAUAUGAAUGAAAAGAAAAUCUAGAUAGAUGAUUACUAUCGUAAUCAAUUAAGGAAAGACUUAAAAUAAGCAAAUACGUUUUCAAGAUUCUAAUCAACCAUAUACAAUUUUGACUUAGAGUAUCUUAACUACAUCGAUACCUAAAAUAACUAGAUUGUUAAUGAAUUAUAAGCUGACCUGCUGCCAAAAAUCUCAAAAACUUAAAGAGAAUCUAAGCCGAAAGACGAGGAGAAUAGAACUCAAAACCUUGUUAUUUCAUCAGAUUACAAAGUUCUAUUAAAGUAUUGUAUUCCAAGACCAGAUAAAGAGUUGAUGAAUACUUCUCAUGUGAGAGCAAGGACACCUUGGACAAUGGAAGUAUCAUUAUUCAAAGACUAUCUGAAGGAAGAUAAAGAUGAUUUGUGGGUAAACUGUUUCGAAUUUGAUUGGUAAAACAUGAAGUAACUGAAAUACAAGUAAUCCUCUGAGGCAGAAGUUAAAUCUAUUAUGAAAUAAUGUUAUUAACUGAUUAAGGAAUAAUACAAGAUUUAAGCUGGAUUUGGAAUGAUAGGAAAUAUUUUUUCUGUAGCUUUGAAUCAAUAUACAGAAUUUAUUAAGGAAGAACUAAAACUUAUUGAUGGUGAAUGCUUGAAUUAAGCAGAUUCAGAUAGAUAUUUCAUAACAGUUAACGCUAACAAACGAGGUCCAUUUAUUCCUGCAAAUGCUCUUGUUAGAUGCUAAUUUAUGGAAAUUCUAAUUAGACUAGCUGUUAAGAGAUAUUUUGAAUCUUAGUUAGCUCCAAAUGAGGCUUCUGCUGUAUAAAUGAUGAUUGAUAACAAUUUAAAUCCUACUUCUGAUCAUAUAAUCAGAGCUCAGUAAUGGAGAAGAAAGUUUUUGUGGAAUGAAUAAUGCGAUAACCUGCUUAAGGCGUACAUGCCAGUAUUCAUGCAUAUUUAUAAUAAUUUUGGGGGUACACAUAGAAAGCCAGGCUAGAAAAUGUUUAUGACUGUUGAUGAGUUUGAAAACUUUGUCUUGACAGUUCCUUUGGUAAAUGAUUUAUUUGGCUAAAGAGACUCUAGUGUGGCUUUUAAUUUAGCCAUGAUGACAUAAGUAAAUGAACUUGAUUAAGAUAGACAUUUGAGCGCUACAUUCAUCGAAUUUCUUGAAGCCUUUUGUAGAGUGGCUGAUAAAGCUGCCUUCGAGCCAAUUAAUCAGUCUAUUCAAGAAGGUGAGGAAAUAUAAUCAAUGAAUAUUGACGAGAGAAAAAACUAGAGCCUUGCAAUUAAGAUAGAAAAUACUAUACCUUAUUUGAUGAAGAAUUGUUGCAAAAGACCUUUUAUAGAAAAACAAUUCGAAUAGCCAGAGAGAGAUAAAGAGGUCGGAUUAUUUAUUCUAACGAAUGGGAAGUACUUUUAAAUAAUUUGCUAUGUUAGAUAUUAUAAUUAUUGA